AACCACCCCGUAGCUUCAAGGACUUGGGCAAUAUAUCCUGCGCAUCUCCAAAAGGAGUUUUUUUUUAACGAGAACCAAAAUGCCGGGCUGGGAAGAAGCGACGGCAGUGGAAAAGCUGUCUCCCAACACAUACUCGUGCACAUUACACGAUGAUUGGACAAUCGGUAGCGUUCCGAACGGCGGCUAUGUAACCGGAUGCAUACUCGAGGUGGUCAAAACACACUUCAUGACAUCGUUGGCAAAGCAAGAUCAACCACAUACAAUAGCCCUGCAUGUCGAGUUUUUACGACGAACACAGGUCGGGCCCGCAACCUUCAAGGUUGAGGAUGUGAAGCUCGGGCGCCAAACUUCGAUUGUGCACGUCAGCAUGGAGCAAGAUGGGCGUCAAGAAAUCAUCGCCUACGUCACAAACUCCAACAUGGAUGUCGAGACUGGCUUCACAUUUGACACGCAAUACAAGCCCUCGCCGCCGAUACCCUCUGUCGAUUUGGCGAAACUAGAAAAGAAUGAGGAUCCCACAUGGGCAUUGUAUCCGAAGAUGCCUUUUGCAAAGUUUAGAAAGGCGACUUCAAAGGUCAAAUUUCACUUUCCUCGCAACGGCCAGGUUGCACGGUCUACAGCAGACGAAUGGAUCUGUUUCUCCGACGGUAGCAAUUUCACAGACUCGUCUAUUGGUUUUGUUUCAGAUAUGUUUCCGCAGAUGGUGGAAAACUUCAGAGACAAGAACCAAGGCCCGUUCUGGUAUCCGACACUCUUGCUCAAUCUAGAUGUUAAGAAGGCGCUGCCGCCACAGGGUGUCAAAUGGCUACAGAUUCGAGUCGAGAUUAAGAAGGUGCAGAAUGGCAGAAUGGACCUGGAAGUUUGGGUGUAUGAUGCCUACGGGGAUCUGGUCGCCUUGAGUCAUCAUGUGGGAUUUGUGAUGGAUGCUAGCAGGAACACUGCGGCGAGGAGGAAGACGGAUGCCAAAAUGUAGACGUAUAUGUUGUAGAUACAGGCGUUCAACAAAUAAAAAGAUUGUAUUUUGGCAAAA